AGUGAUCUAAUCUUUAAACAGUUAAAAAGAAAAUAUUGAAUAUUGAACCAUGUGACUUAUACCCAUGGUACAUUACCGAACGCCAUCUUGAACGCUUGUAAAAGGAACAAAGACUCAAUCACAAUGGCUGAUGAUACCGCAGAAGAAAACAUCUUGGACUAUGAGGAUGAGGAAAAUGAAACUCCUGUUGAUGGAGCAGCUGGCGAUGGUCCUGCCAAAAAAGAUGUUAAGGGCACAUAUGUGUCUAUUCACAGUUCAGGCUUCCGUGAUUUCUUGUUGAAGCCAGAAUUGCUGCGUGCUAUUGUAGACUGUGGGUUUGAGCAUCCAUCAGAGGUUCAACAUGAGUGCAUUCCACAGGCAAUUUUAUCAAUGGAUGUGCUUUGCCAGGCCAAAUCUGGUAUGGGCAAGACGGCAGUUUUUGUUCUUGCUACUCUUCAGCAACUGGAGCCUGUUGAUGGACAGGUCUCAGUGCUUGUAAUGGCACAUACUCGUGAGUUGGCAUUCCAAAUCAGCAAGGAGUAUGAGCGGUUCAGCAAAUACAUGAACAACGUUAAAAUUGCUGUUUUCUUUGGAGGCAUGCCAGUUAAGAAGGAUGAAGAAGUACUCCAGAAAAACUGCCCUCACAUUGUGGUUGGCACUCCAGGCCGUCUUUAUGCCCUUGCCAAAGCCAGGACGCUGUCACUGAAGAACAUCAAGCAUUUUAUCUUGGAUGAAUGUGACAAGAUGUUGGCAGAUCUUGACAUGAGACGUGAUGUGCAAGAGAUAUUCCGCAUGACUCCACAUGAAAAGCAAGUGAUGAUGUUUAGCGCCACCCUGUCCAAGGACAUCCGCCCAAUCUGCAAGAAAUUCAUGCAAGACCCCAUGGAAGUUUAUGUGGAUGAUGAUUCCAAGCUCACCUUGCAUGGCCUGCAACAACAUUACGCAAAGCUGAAGGAUAAUGAAAAAAAUCGCAAACUUUUUGAAUUGCUUGAUGUGCUGGAGUUCAACCAGGUUAUAAUCUUUGUGAAAAGUGUUCAGCGAUGUAUGGCACUUGCACAGCUGCUGCAGGAACAGAACUUCCCAGCCAUUGCUAUUCAUCGGCACAUGACCCAGGAAGAAAGAUUGUCACGGUAUCAGCAGUUUAAAGAUUUCCAGAAGCGCAUACUUGUUGCAACGAAUCUAUUUGGUCGUGGCAUGGAUAUUGAGCGUGUUAAUAUUGUCUUCAAUUAUGACAUGCCUGAGGACUCCGAUACAUAUCUCCACAGGGUUGCUCGUGCUGGUCGCUUUGGCACAAAGGGUCUGGCCAUUACAUUUGUGUCUGAUGAAAAUGAUGCUAAAAUCCUGAACGAUGUCCAGGAGCGCUUUGAGGUCAACAUCACAGAGCUUCCAGAUGAGAUUGACAUAUCAUCAUACAUUGAAGGACGAUGAGGCAGCACAAGCAAACCAUGUUCAUUGUGCAGCAGCACUUACAGUUGUAUUUUAGUGUCAUAAUUACUUUGAUCUUGAAAACUUGUAUUUCUGCAACAAAUGGACAAGUAGAUCUAGUUCGCUUUUAAUGAUUUUAGCAGUAAUUUUGUGAGAAAGCAAUGGAGAGAAUGUUUGUUAUCUAUGCUGAAUAAAUGUUACAAUCUUUGGUGAAGUGUUUUACUUAAAACAAUAUUGUAAAUUACUGGACUUCUGCAAGGUUACGUAUGUGCGGGGCUGUUAAUUGAUCAGUAUUGAAAUUGAAUGAAGUGUU